AUGAGUUGUCCUAAUGCCAAUGAACGACAUUCGUAUGUCACGCUGGCAACUAAUGAUGAAUAUGCCAUUGGAGCUUUGGUUUUGGGUUAUUCGCUAAGGCGAGCAGGAACAAACAAGGAAAUGGCUAUUCUUAUCACCGAAGGUGUCUCACAUGGUUUUAGAGAAAUUUUGGAAGGUGUUUAUGACAGCGUUAUUGUUGUGAAACCUCUUCAAAGCCUUGAUGAACAUAAUCUUAAAUUGCUUAGACGACUAAAUUUGGGCAUAACAUACACAAAGCUCUACUGCUGGAAGUUGAUUCAGUUCUCAAAAUGCGUGUUUCUUGAUGCUGACACAAUCUCUGAUUUUCAUGGCACUGGUUCAUUAAAUAAUUGCUUUUUAACUACAGUAACAUUUUCUAGAAAUGGUAAUAUAGAAUAA